AGAUCUCUACCAAUGGAGCAGUACAGCCCCAGCAGCUCAACCAGCACCCACACCAGCGGCGUCCACCAACCGCCGCCGUCGCCCGUCACCCGAUCCGAACCCGACAACCCAUACCCGGCAACCUUCAUCCAGGCCGACACCUCCUCCUUCAAGCAGGUCGUCCAAAUGCUAACCGGUUCCACCGACCCGACCCGCCGGCCCGACACAGCCCGACACGCGAUCCCGCCCAUCAGAACGGGGCCCCGCAAGGACAAGCCCGGAUCCAAGCUGUACGAGCGCCGCAGCAUCCACAAGAGCUUCAAGAUCAGCAGCCCCGGGAUCCUCAGCAUCCGCCAUGGUCUGCUAUCGGGCUCGCCCCGGCCCGGUAUGCUCUCGCCCAGUAUUCUUGAUUUCCCUUCGCUGGCGCUCUGCAGCCCGGUCACGCCGCUCGUACCCGACCCGUUUAAUCGGGUCGUGGCUCCGGAUAUGGAGGCGGAGGAUAGGGCGAUCGGCGAGAAGGGUUUUUAUCUGCACCCGUCGCCUGUGGAUACUCCGAGGGAUUCGAAGCCCCGGCUUCUGCCCUUGUUUCCUUUGACUUCACCCAGAGUUUCCGGGUCGUCGUCAACUGAUGCGGAAUCUUGAGUUAUUUUUUUUUCUUUUUCGAAUUGAUGAAGGAAAAUGUACUGCUGUUAUAUCAUAAUAAAAAAAAGAAUUACUAGUAAUUAAAAAAAAAGAAGAUAACUUUGCUUGAAUUUCAUUUAUCUUGAUUCCUACUAGACCAUUCAUGUUUUGCCUACUUUCUGUGACGAUAGUUG